GCAGCGUUCUAAAGGACGGAAGGGCACGGGCAUCCGGACCGCCCCCUCGUUACUGGAGGUCGCGUUCCUGGGCUGCUGUUUUUCCUUCUCUCGGGCAGAGCAUUCUGCUAGCGCAGUUGAAUGUGUCUGUGCCAUCGUCUCUCUACUGGGUUUCAAAAAAGUUUUCCUCUUCUUCCCCUUGUACGGAGCUCAAAAUGGCGGCCUCCUGGUCGCCCUUGGUUACCCUGCGAUUAGUGCAAAGCCGUUUGAGAGGGAGAUGUGUUGGGUGCAGAGCCUGGGCAGCUGCUUUCACCCCUCCGGCCACCGCCCCUGGGAACCCCUUUUGGAAAGCCUAUACAGUUCAGACACCUGAGAGUAUGCCUCCAACUGUGGCUACAGAAGCUUAUUUGAAAGCUCUGGCUGUUUGCCAUGGACCUCUGGACCACUAUGACUUUCUGAUCAAAGCUCAUGAGUUAAAGGAUGACGAACAUCAAAGAAGAGUCAUACACUGUUUGCAGAAAUUGCACGAGGACCUUAAAGGAUACAGUAUAGAAGCAGAAGGCUUUUUUUCAAAGCUUUUUUCAAGGAGCAAACCUCCAAAGGGCCUCUAUGUUUAUGGAGAUGUUGGUACAGGCAAAACAAUGGUGAUGGACAUGUUUUAUGCUUAUGUGGAAAUGAAGAGGAAAAAACGGGUUCAUUUUCAUGGUUUCAUGCUAGAUGUUCACAAAAGAAUUCACCUCCUUAAACAGAAUUUGCCAAAAAGGAAACCAGGAUUCAUGGCUAAAUCAUAUGAUCCAAUAGCCCCUAUAGCCGAGGAAAUCAGCGAAGAGGCAUGUCUCUUAUGUUUUGAUGAAUUUCAGGUCACUGACAUUGCUGAUGCCAUGAUUCUGAAACAGCUUUUUGAAAAUCUGUUCAAAAAUGGGGUCGUCGUUGUGGCAACAUCCAAUAGGCCACCGGAAGAUCUCUAUAAAAAUGGACUCCAAAGAGCUAACUUUGUACCAUUCAUAGCUGUCCUGAAGGAGUACUGUGAUACGGUCCAGUUAGACUCCGGGGUAGAUUACCGGAAAAGGGAACUUCCUGCUGCAGGAAAACUCUACUACCUCACAAGUGAAGCUGAUGUGGAGGCUGUCAUGGAUAAGUUGUUUGAUGAGCUGGCUCAGAAACAAAAUGAUUUAACUAGACCGAGGAUUCUAAAAGUGCAAGGCAGAGAGCUGUGGCUGAAUAAAGCCUGUGGAACUGUGGCCGACUGCACGUUCGAAGAACUGUGUGAGAGACCACUUGGAGCCAGUGACUAUUUGGAACUAUCAAAGAAUUUUGACACAGUGUUUUUGCGAAACAUUCCACAAUUUACAAUGGCAAAAAGGACUGAGGCUCGAAGAUUCAUAACUCUCAUUGAUAACUUUUAUGAUUUCAAGGUGCGCAUAAUUUGCUCCGCGUCGGCUCCUUUAUCCAGCUUAUUUCUGCAUCAGCAGCAUGACAGUGAGUUGGAGCAAAGCAGAAUACUGAUGGAUGAUUUGGGGCUGAGCCAGGGCACAGCAGAAGGUCUCUCCAUGUUUACCGGAGAAGAGGAAGCCUUUGCAUUUCAGCGCACGAUCUCCCGACUCACAGAAAUGCAGACUGAACAGUACUGGAAUGAAGGGGACAGAAGCAAGAAGUAAAAAUCACUUUUGCAUGAAUGAAACACUGGACAAGUGAUUACUGCAGGGAGAACUCUCUAUUAUGGGACUUGAAAGAAUCAUUUUCUAAUCAUUAAUAAUGCAUUUUGUCCUCUGGACCAUUUUUAUUUAAAAUUUCUGUCAAAGAUGUAGUUAAUUAAUAAGUUAAAGCCAUUUCUAUAGGUCUACUUUUUGCCUGUUUAUUUAGCUUUAUUUCUGCACCCAAAAUAAAAUAAAACCAGCACUCCCAAAGAUGAAUGUAGGACCGGACAUUUGGCUUCAAAUGGAGCCACCUGAAUGGACCCUGAAUGCACACGCACAGGAAAUGCCAGGUGUCUGGACAUCUAGCAUGUUGGCAGUAUUGUUGCCACAUGAGAGAAACACAUCUUUUCUGAGAGGAGGGAAAAAACACUGUCUUUCAAUUCAAAGCAAAGAAAGCAUUCUGAUCCUGCUAUAAACUACAGGGAAUAACAUUUUAGAAUAUUGGCUUAUACAUGUGAUUUGGGGAGGGGGCUGUACAUUGUGCUAAAUGUCCCAGGUCUUCAGGUUUUCUCCCAACAGAGAGUAUAUUUUUCACCCUGAGGUCAAGCGUGGCAGGCAGGGCAUGAUCUGCAGUGGACACAGCAUUGCCUGAAAACACAGGAUGGUGACACCGGAAUCCUUCCAACCAACAGGCAGGUCCAACUCUGAGAGUAAGAGGACAGGUGCCAGGAAUGGGGACCAGUGAGAGCGUCAGAGGAAGCAGGGUCCUGGACACACCCAGCAGCAGAGGGAGGGAGCAGGACCCCACGGGACAGCCGCCCCCGCCCACUCCUCGUGCGCCCUUCCUCUGCUUGCACAAUGCCGCUCCCUGCCCUUGCCUCCGCUUCCGCCUGGACACAGACACCUGUCUGCAUCUACUUAAAUAAAGCCCAGUUUGUCCUUCACUGA